UACUGUCAUUACCCUAAGUCACACAGACGCAGGACAGUGCAGGGAGAAGUCACAGGACAGUGCAGGGAGAAGACGCAGGUACGGACAUACAUUAGAGUUGAGGUCAGAAGUAGAAGUUUCUGUAUUUGACCACAAGUGUGUUAAGAUGUCAGAGGGAGUUUAUGGAAACUCAGAUGGAGUUGAAGACGAUGAGCCUGAUGCAAUGAAGAACACAGACAUUGAUGGCAAAUUAUAUGCCAACGUAAGAGCCUUCAAGCCCAGUCCAAGAGAUGGAGUUGUUGCUUCAGUACAUGUUCAGUGGUGGAAGAGACCCUCUGGAGUUGAUGCAGUGUGUCUGGGGCUGCUGUGUGUUCUCCUACUGGCUGGGAUCAUAGGCCUGUCUGUCUACUAUGGAGUCAUUGGUCAUCACAACUCAACAGAGAGAAACCAGCUACAGACCAGUAACAACAACCUGACUGAAGAGAGACACCUGCUACAAACCAGUUACAACAAACUGACUAAAGAGAGAGACCAGCUACAGACUGAGAGAGAUUUUCUUAGCGGGAGGCUUACCAGUUGUGGCUGGCAGAAGUUUGAAUCCAGUUGGUACUUCCUGUCAACUGACACUAAAACCUGGAAGGAGAGCAGAGAGGACUGUCUGGAGAGAGGAGCAGACCUGGUGAUCAUAAACAGCAGUAGGGAACAGGAGUUUCUCUUCAACCUCAAGAAGAGAGUCUGGAUUGGUCUGACUGACUCUGUUACUGAGGGGACAUGGAGAUGGGUGGACGGCACCCCACUGACCACCCCAAGGUACUGGAAUGACAAUCAGCCUGAUAGUGAAGAUCCUACUGGGGAAGAGGACUGUGUUGAGAUACAUAAAAAUUGGAUUCCACUUAAGGCAUGGAAUGACAUGUCAUGUGACAUUAAACUCAGCUGGAUUUGUGAGAAAGUGUUUUAACAUCACCAUGACAACAUACUGUAGUCUACAGUGCACACAACUUCUUCCUUUAUUCUCUCUCUCACAGACAGAGACUCUUUCUGUCUUGCUCUCGCUCACACACUCUGCCUCAAUCCCAAACACCCCCUUACACAGAUUUUCACAAACACACGCACAUGCAUACACUUUCACACACGCAUGCAAAUGCACCUAUUGUUGUAUUUGUUUGUAGUAUCAUAUUAAUUAAAGUCCUACUUAUUUCCUGAUUGUA